AUCCCUUAAUACCACUAAGCUGCCAAAUCCCCUUUUUAUCACUCUCUGAUUCAUUUGCUCCUUUAAUCUUUUACAUAACUCUAAUCGUCCUGAUGGUCUUACAAAAUUCCAUCUACGACGGCACUUCUCUGAAAGAGACGCAAGGUGUUGGAAAAUUGAAGGAACUUCACUUUCGCGGCGUCCGGAAGCGGCCAUGGGGGCGUUACGCGGCGGAGAUUCGCGAUCCGUGGAAGAAAUCACGGCGUUGGCUCGGCACAUUCGACACUGCUGAAGAGGCUGCGUUAGCCUACGACGAGGCCGCACGGAGUCUCCGUGGACCCAAAGCCAAAACUAAUUUUGGGCCUAAUGGGCUUGUUUCCGGCCCACCAUUAAUUUCUUCAAUCAAGCUCCCGCAUUGGUGCUUUCAGGCCCAUGAAAAUCGGCCUGUUGGUGUUGAAAUGAAUGAGCAGGAGAGGAAGAAGAUGAAAACUGAGAAGAAACCUUUUUUGUUCGAUUUAAAUCUCCCUGCACCACAAUUCUAAGGUUGGAUCUAUUGAAAGAAAAA